AAACUGGCAAAGCCCAGCCGCCGAGUACGCGCCGAUUCUGGGUGCGUACGGCCUAAGCAAGGAAGCGCCGGCACGUAGGACACCGUAGCAGCCGAAACAACGCGAAGGGGCAGCCGCCGCCGCCGUAAAAAGCCCACCGAGACACGAUGGCUGCCGUCCUCCAAGCCCAGACGGACGCGCCAAAGGUCCUCCAGCCGGCCGACAACCCGGAUGUGGAUAUUGUGCCGCUGCGCUUCGGCGUCAAGUACGCUUCCGAACAACCGAUGCUCGCGCUGGAGUAUCGCGACAAGGCGUCCGGCGAGCUCGCACUGAAGGAGAUCCCGCUGACCCUCGCCGACGACAGCAAGGCGCUGGAGGUCUACGCCGCCUUAAAGGAAAGCCACGCGCGGUUCCUGGCGCCGUACAUCGUGAGCGUGGCCCAGGUGGUCCGGUUGAUUCAGCUCGCCAUCGACAACCGAGGAAAGGCACCCCCCGCGCCGCCGCGCGGCGACGUGCCCAUCCGGGCGCCGCCCGACGCGCCGCCGACGCCGCUCUCGCCGGACGUGCCGUCCGUGGCAUCGGAAAUCGACUCGCCGGACGUCCUUGCCGCGCCGGCGUCGCCCGCGUCGCCGCCCGUGCUCGCGUCGCCGCCGAAGGCCGCGCCGGAGAGCCCGCCGGUGCUCGCCAGUCCAGAUGCGCCGCCGGCGUCGCCGCCCGAGAUCCCGACGCUCGCAUCACCACCGUCGGCGCCUGAGCCCAAGUUCGCCGUCGGCGACCGGGUCGAGGCGCGCUUCGAGGGCAAGGCGACGUACUACGCGGGGAAAGUCACGGAAGUGACCGGUUCCACCUAUUCCAUUGCGUAUGAUGAUGGGGACCACGAGUCAAAUGUGGCCGAGGACCUGAUCCGGGUCUACGCAAAGACAGAUGAUUAUUCGGAGGACGACGUCGAGGAGGAGUCCAUCGCCGAGAGCGUCGGCUCCACCGCCAGUUUCGACGCGUCCGAGCCCAGUCGUGCAGAAGCCUCGGACUCCGACUCGGACGAGGCCUACGCCUUCGACUAACAACACA